AUGAGAUUAGACCCUUCAUAUUUAGAAUAUAUGACAAAGGAUGAAUUCCGUGUCUUGACAGCAAUUGAAAUCGGUAUGAGAAAUCAUGAACUUGUACCUAUGCAUCUUAUAGAAAGAAUCUCUCAUUUAAAGAGAGUAUGUGCUAGUAAAGUAGUAAAGUUACUUCUUAAAAAUAAGUUUAUUGCACAUGAAAAUAAAAAAUUCGACGGUUAUAAAUUAACUUACUUGGGAUAUGAUUAUCUUGCUUUACAGGUUUUUAUCAGAAGAGGAGCUAUUAAGGAAGUAUUAGGAAAAGUAGGAUGUGGUAAAGAGUCAGAUAUUUAUAAAUGUGUAAAUGAAAAUGGAGAUUUUGUUAUCUUGAAAUUCACUCGUUUGGGCAGAACUUCAUUUAGAACAAUUAAAAAAAAUAGAGAUUAUAUUUAGCAUAGAACAAGUUAUAGUUGGUUAUAUUUAUCCAGACUUUCUGCUAUUAAAGAAUACACUUUUAUGGAUCUUCUACAUAAGAAUAACUUCCCUACACCUAUUCCUAUUGAGUAAAAUAGACAUGGUAUUGUUAUGAGCUUAAUUAAUGGUGUUCCUAUGCAAAACAUUUCUGAAAUUGACAAUCCAAAAUAUGUUUUUGACUAAUGCUUUUAUUUGAUUAAAAGAUUAGCUGAGAAUGGACUUAUCCAUAGUGAUUUUAAUGAGUUUAACUUGAUGGUAGAAGAUAAUGGAAAAGUUAUUAUGAUUGAUUUUCCUCAGAUGGUUAGCACAAAGCAUAAAAAUGCAUAAUUUUACUUUGAUAGAGAUGUUGAAUGCAUUCACGUUUUCUUUGAAAGAAGAUUCAAUUACCAGAUUACUGAUACUCUUGAUUUCAACAAAAUUGCUAGAUUAAAUGAUCUUGAUGUAUAAGUAAAAGCUUCUGGAUUUAUCAAAAAGGAAAUAAAGAAUAUUGAUGAUUUUGAUAUUGAUUUGAGAGGUAGUGAUGAUGAUGGCGACGAUGAUAAUAGUGAUGAUGAAAAUGAAUAGAAUGAUUUAGAUAAAAAUAUAGAAUAAGAAGAUAGCGAUAAUGAAAUAGAAGAAUCUAAUAAGAGAAUACAAAAUUUAAAUAUCUUAAAUGAUGAAGAUAUUAGCUAAGAUGAAAAUGAAGAAGAGCAAAAAAAUAACAAAAAAUAAAAAAAGCAUCACCUUAAAAAGCAAUCAAAAUCAAAAUCUAAAAAGUAAAACUAAGAAUAAGAAGGAAAAGAUGGAGAAGAUGAUGAAGAUAACUAAAAAAAUAACUUUUCUCCUGAUCUUUCUGAAAUAUCAAUAGAAGAUUUGAAAGAACUUUAAAAGGUAAACUAAGAUUUAUUUUCUGAUGAUGAUAAUGAAGAUGAUCCAUUGGCUUUGAAUGAGGUUAAAGAUAUUAAUGGAAAUAUUGUAGUUCCUGAAUAAAAAGAGAAGAAAAAACCUAAAAAGAAAAUGGUAGAUAUUGCUAAUGAAUAAGACCAGGAUAACAAACAAGACCUAAAAGAAAAAAUAUAUAUUAAAGAAUCAGAAUUAGCUGAAAAAGCAAAGGCUUAUAUUUAAAGAUAAGUAGAAAAGUAAUUUAAGUAAAAAUAUAAAAUUCUUAAGAAAAAUACAAAAAGCAGUAACAGUAAUAAAGUUUUAGCUUCAGAGUAUAUGUGA